AUUUGCUGUUGUACGUCGCCUGUAGUGUAACAUCCGUACCGCACGUUCCCCCACGCGCGUUAAUUGUUUCAUCUCCGGUAAAGAAGUGAGCGGGACCCACGGAGCCCCACCAUGGAGCCGGACUCAUCCGACCCCAAUACGUCCAAAACCGACAUGCUGAGAGGAGUCAUCGCCGAGAAGCUCACCUUGGCCGCCCGGGAGAUCUUAGCGGUGGUGGAGAAGACUGUAGCCGACUACGAGGAGGAGGCUGUGGGUUUCAGGCAGGAGAUUGACCGGCAGAGGAGACUGCUGGAGCUCCUGCAGCCUGAAGUCAAGUUAGAGGCUUUAGAUGACCAGCAGCAGUUUUCCCUUUGUGAGGCUGGAGGAGGUCGACUACCAGAAGAUGAGGAGCAGCACAAAUAUGAGCAGAGGGUGGAGGACAGCCAAAGCCUGGGAUUCUCAGGCUACAGUGAGGAACAAAUAGAGGAAGACGAACAUGAAGAUGAGGAGGAGGAGGAGGAGGAGGAGAUGGCACAGCAGUGUUAUGAAGCAGCACCACGGUUACAAGAUACAGACGCACUGCUCGUGCCUUCCACGGUUCAGACUGACAGACGGAGAGCAGACAGACCUUGGAUCAGUGAAACGCAGAGUUUCGUGGACCUCAGGAUCCGCAUCCUGGACUCGAUGAUCGACGUGCUUUCAAAGAGGGUGUUUCAGAAGUACCCACUUCAUGAGCUGCAGUGUCGUCGUGGCCUUCAGGAGGCCGACUUCCUGCAUCUGCUUAGGACAACCUUCCCCCAGCUGGCUGCUGAUGAACCUUUUGACGUUUUUAUAACUGACAACACCAGAAAGCUGCAGCCUCUGAAAAUAGACUUGUGGACUCCGGAGGCGAUCGAGAGGACCAUCAGGGCAAAUGGGAAUUCUGCCCUCUACAUCCGCCUGAAGAAUCAGCAGAGUUUAGAAGCUGAAGAGGAGCUUCAGCCAUUGCACGGAAAUAAAGCUGCUGCUGAGCACAUGAGGAAGAGGGUGGGCAGACCUGGGUUCAGGAAAACACAGACGCAUGUAAUGAUCAGAAUCCGCAUCCUGGGUAAAAUGAAGUCUGACGUGCUCUCAGCCAGAGUGUAUCAGAUGUGCCCGCUUCAUGAGCUAAUGUGCCCUCGGGGUCUACAGGAGGCUGACUUCAUGGACCUGCUGAGGUCCACCUUCCCUCAGCUGAUUGCCGAUGAGCCUUUUGACCUCUUUGUGAGUGACAAAAGCAGAAAACUGAAGCCUCUGAAAGUACGGUCACUGACGACGGAGGAGGUGGAGAGGGCUACGAGGACUUCUACGCUCUACAUCCGACUGAAGCCGUCGGAGGAGCUUCAAGCCUCAGCGAAACAGUUCCUGAGUGUAGGAGAUGUUUUAGCUGAAACUCUUCCAUUGACCCUAAAAACAACCAGAAAGAAACCCGGACAGGAUGAAAAACAAACUCAGUCAGGCUGUGGUCUGCACUUGACUCUGGUGACUGCAAAGUGGCCAAAUCAUCACCCCACUGUGCCGACUCUUGGUAUGAGAGUACAGUCUGCUAGGAGGAAACCUACCAAAUCUGAGCUCAGUGACCCAUUCACACAUGUGGAUUUCAGGGUCCGGAUCCUGGAGGACCCUCUGAUGGAGGUGCUCACACCCCAAGUGUUUCUGAAAAGCCGCAUUCAGGAGCUGCGGUGUCCUUAUGAUCUACAGGAGGCUGAUUUCCUGGACCAGCUGAGGUCUUCCAUCCCUCAGCUGGCUGCAGGUAAACCUUUUGACAUCCUCACUGCUGACAAAAGCCGGGUACUGCAGCCGCUGAGUGUGGACACGCUGACACCGGCGGAGAUCCACAGAGCCAUCACCUUAAGGAGAAACACUACUCUCUUCGUCCGACUGAAGGGAGCCGGUCCGUCCACCCCAAAUCCAACCAGACUGGACACCAGAGUUCAGUCUGACAAGAAGAGCCUGGGCAAGCCUCAGCUCAGUCGAUCAGACUCCCACGUAGAUCUGAAGAUCCGCAUCCUGGAGGACUCUCAGAUGGAGGUGGUCGCACCCCAAGUAUUUCAGAACUACCCACUUCACAAACUGCGGUGUCACCGCAGCCUGCAGGAGGACGACUUUCUGGAACUGCUGAGGUCCACCUUCCCUCAGCUGGCUGCUAACGUACCUUUUGACAUCCUCACAGUUGACAAAAACAGGAAACUGCAACCUCUGAAUGUGGAGUCACUGACUCCAGAGCAGGUCUACAAGGCCAUUGAUUCAUCAAGGAUCAAUACCCUCUUCAUUCGACUGAAGGCACCAGAGAAAGUCCAGGUUGGUGCGAGGAAGCUUGAACACCUGCAGAAAAAAGUGGACACAGCUACAGAGUCGUCAUUUUUACCUGAACAAACUGUGAUGCAUGGGAGGGAUCAGUCCGACAGGAGGAAGCCUGGUAGGCCUCGGAUUAGCCAAUCAAGCUCCCAUGUAGAUCUCAGGAUCCGCUUUGUGCAGGACUGGGAUGUCAAUGUGAUUUCACCUAAAGUGUAUAAUAAGUACCCGCUUCAUCACCUGAAGUGUCCUCGAGGCCUGCAGGAGGCCGACUUUGUGGAACUGCUGAAGUCCACUUUCCCUCAGCUGGCUGCUGAUAAACCUUUUGACGUCCUCACAGCUGACAGGAACAGAAGACUGCAGCCUCUAAAAGUAGAGCUAUUGACUCCAGAGGAGCUGUACAGAGCCAUCAAGGCCAGUGGGAGCAUUGUCCUCUUCGUUCGACUCAAGGCACCUGAGGGAGUCCAGACUAGUGCGAAAAAGCUUGACCUACAGAGAAAAGUUGACGGCACUGAAGAGUCUCCGUCCUUUACCGAGCAAACUGGGCUGCACAUGGGAAGCCCUCAUCAACCGGAAGACAAUCCAGUGAACAUUUUCUCCAACAGCUCAACAUCACGUCACAAAGAUGUGGAGCUGAAGGAAUCUGAGGGUGGUUUGGAGUACACUGGUCUCUCGACCUUGCAAUCUUUAAUACUUUAUGAACACAACGAGUUGAGUGAUGGGCUUCCCAAUGAGAAACCAAACAUAACCAAUGAUCAUCUGGUGAACGGUGAACCCGAGAAGACGAAAGGGAAUCGACGAGUCAAACAUUCAGUCAUCCGAAUAAAGAAGGCAAAGCAGAAAAUGUUGAUUCACAACAGCGAGGCUCUGCUGUCCUGUAAAGUCUGCCAGAUUUUACGUGGGUCGACAAACAUGCUGAUCAAACACGCCUGGAGUCAUGUGGACGAGCGAGAAAGGCUCUGUGGAGUGUGUGGAGAGCAGUCAGUGUCUGCAGAGCAGCUCAGGAGUCAUCUUCAGACUCACCAGAAAACGCACACCUGCAACAUCUGCGGGAAGUCCUUCCUCACCGUCGUCGGCUACAGGGGUCACCUCGCUCGACACAAGGGAAACACGCCGUACAAAUGUAGAACCUGCCACAAAGCGUUCCCUGAGAAGUGGGUGCUGAAGAACCAUGAGUCCCGGGUCCAUGCAGUGGAUAAGCCACACAGAAAAAACUUUUCCAAGUUGAAGCUCAAACUUCACCGGCCGACCAAUCAUGCGGGGGGGAAGCCACACAGCUGCAAUGUGUGUGGGAAGCGCUUCCGCCACCUGGAUACUUUGUCUCAACAUGUGGCACUUCACUCGGGUAGCACGGCAGCCACAGACAGACGGAUCCAUACAAAGAACCACAGCAGGGAGAGGUUGUUCGCUUGCGAUAAAUGCAACAAGAAGUUCUUUCACAAGUCAAACGUGGUGACUCACAUGAGAGUCCAUACUGGAGAGAAGCCUUACAAGUGCACACACUGUGGGAAAGGUUUCAGCCAGGGCCACUGUGUGAGAAGACACCUCCUGAUCCACCAGAAGAAGUACCACCAACAAACAGAGCAGCUUAGUAGGGUUGAAACUGAAGACAGUUAUGCUAAGGCGGACGGCAUGCCCUCUCCCCAAAAAUGAAACUAAAAUGUGGUGGGUGUGUACAGUAGUGACCCAGAGGGGGAAAGAUGUGCCUCACCCUCAAUACCAACCGAUCUCUGGGGAAAGUUAGCUUAUAGGUUUCUAGAUAGUUAGAAGGUGAGUGUUCAAGACGGCCCAGACGGUAGCGGCUGAAGUUCAAGGGAUGACAGUGGUUCCUGAUAACGUCACCAAUGUAAGAGGGUACCAUCCAUUUAUUUCAUGCUUUCUUUCACUUUUUAACAGUGGGCUGCUUUUUUUAUUCUUACUUAAACUAAUGGUUACAUUCAGUGUUCUUCACAAUGUCAGAAAGGCAACUUCUCAGGAUCAGCUGAGGCCUUCGAAUGCCUUGAUUUGUUCAGACCAAAACUCUGAGACCCAAAGGUUAUUCAGUUUACAAACAAAGUAAAUAUUGAGUAUUUUUUGUGUUUACCAAUAAAACUAGUGCUCUUAAAGCAGGUAGGACAUUAUCUUUUUUGGCCAGUAUUAGAUAUUUGCCAGUAAAUGAAAAUUUAAAAUAAAGAAAUAAGUACAUUAGUAAGUACACAUAACAAAUGUUAUGUUUCGUGUUUCAAGUGGAAAAGUAAAAAAUAUCACCUGAGAUAUUAGAAUAUCAGUUACCGGUAUCAUUCUUAAAACUCCAGUAUUGGUCAGGUUCUAAAAGUAACUUUUUGCAUGUAGUGUCCACGAAUUUUCCAAGUUCCUUCACUAUGGUUUUUUGUUUUCGACAAAGAUUCAGCAUAUUAAGGCGUGUUUAUGCUGCUAUAUGCUAGCAGCAAUGUGGCAAAGGAAUAUCAAAGAAAACAAAAUAAUGGUUAGCGACUCAAAGGUUAGAAGAACUAAAAUGUAAGAUUACUAUGGUAAACAAAGCCUAGCUUCCUUUUUUUGGGAUAUAAUUUGAGCUGGAGGAACCUUUAGUCCUUGGAAAGAUCCUGGACAUUGAAGCUUAAUUAGCAGUACUGCGCUGAACCUGCGCUGGCGUUUACUUGCACUUGUGAAACUGAGUUGAUUGUGAUAAACCUGGAGCUGUUAAAUCUUGACCAGCAGUUACUUUGAAACUGGGGAAGGACAAAAAGACUUCAAAACUGACUGAGUCUACACAUGAACUGCCAGAGCUGUGAAAAUGGGAGAAAAAAAGGUACAUUUCCACCUAUUGUGUCAGCAUAACUAGCGUUUACGGAAGUCAUGCUAAUCAGUAGUCCACCAAAUGUUAUUAGUUACAUUUCUUGAGAAUGAACAUGGUGCAGAUUUAACUCAGUACUACAAACAAAGCGUAAUGAUACAGGGAAAUUAGUGUUUCUGUGACUUUUGGACGGAAGUAAUGGAUUGAUGCUAAUCUGCAGGAAAUGUUAAAUAUUUUUCAUACACAUUCAGAUGAUCUUGUUCUCUGUUUGCACUUUUUUUUAGAUUUACAUCUUUUAAAAAAAGUACCUCUGUGCCCUAAAGAUUACAUUAUCUCAUUGUCAACAACCCCCCUGAAAAAAAAUCAUAGUUGUAACUCUAGCUGUCCUCUUUUUACUACAUGUAGACCCCAGGAUUAAUGAUAACUAUAGUAUCGCAAUAGAUUACAAGUUUAGGGAAUGAUACUUUACAAAAAGCACUAUCCAUAUAGUGUUCCUUAGCAGUCUAAUUGGUAAAUGGACUGGUUCUUAUGUAGUGCUUUUCUAUUCUGAGCACUCAAAGCGCUUUACGCAACUUGUACAUUCACCCAAGCACUUUUUUUUUUCUUUCAAACGCUGUAUGCGAAGUGCUUUCUAUCUAACAUUCAUACUCUGAUGGAUGCAUCGGAAUAUGAACGUGGGGUUAGUAUAUUUCCAAGGAUAUUUGGCAUGCAGAUGGGAGAAGACUGGGAUCAAACCAUUAACCUUCCAGGUAAUGGUUUGUGGUCACCUGCACCAUUUGAGCUACAGCCAUCUCAGCCAGUCUAGUGUCUACAGUUUUCAAAUAUUGUGAUGGUAGAUACCAAUAACAGCUCAACAUCAGAUCAAGGUCACACCAAACCUAAAAAAAUCAGUUAAUAAAAAAAGUAAUGAAGCGCUUUGUUACCCACGUUUUUUGUUUUGUUUUGUUUUUUUAAGAUAGUCUUCAAGCCUUGCAACAAUAUACUAGGUCUUGAAGGUUAGCAAACCCUUUUACCUUGACCUUCAUGGUUAGUGCUCAAGGUCAAAGUCUUCUUAAAAAAUUUCUUCAAGAAACCAUACCAAAUAUGAUUGUAUGAUUUGUGUUGUUUUGUUUUUUCCAUUAUGACGCCAUAGCAGACUGACACCAGCGUGUUUUAAUAAAAACAUCAAACAUAAACAUUGUAGUAUAUAGUCCUCACUUUUUGGGAGGAGUUGCGCUCUCUGAGUGCUUUGUUAAAAAAAAUUAAAAAUUACAUUUUUUUUAAAUGUCACAUGUUGUUGAUACCAGUAAAGAAAACAUUGCUGCAUUGAAUACUUUCCAAAUCCAAAAGUUUAAUUUCCUUAUACCACUGCUCAUUUUCUAUGGGCUCAAGUUGUUUUCAAAAAUAUUUUGUGCUUGUAAAUCAAAUGCGUAGUUGUGAACUGAGUUUUGUAACCUUGUAAACCAAAAUUUCUGAAAGUGUUAUGGUUGUGCGUCUAUACAGGGUGGGACAUUUAUAUGGAUACACCGUAAUAACAUGGGAAUGGUUGGUGAUAUUAAAGUCCUGUUUGUGGCACAUUAGUAUA